UUGUAGGUGAAGUAAUGCAUGCAAAAUUACAGGAUGCUAUGCGGGUGUCUUCGGCGAUGCGGGUGCCUUCCAGAGACAGGGUCUUGCCUCCUGGAUCCCCUCCCUCCAACUCCCACAGCCCCUCGAGUCAGAGCCAGGUGGGCCCAGCGGAGACCCUGCCCAUCAAGGGCCUUUACUACCGCAGAGCCCGCAAGGUGGGCGCACUGGACUGCCCCCCGGCGGCGGAGCUGCAGAAGGAGAUGCUGGUGAACGUCGGGGGGCGGCGGUACCUCCUGCCUUGGAGCACCCUGGACGAGUUCCCCCUGAGCCGGCUGAGCAAGCUCAGGGCCUGCCAGAGCCCCGCGGAGAUCGCGCAGUUCUGCGAUGACUACGAUGAGGCCCGCCACGAAUUCUUCUUCGACCGGAGUCCCAGCGCCUUCGGGGUGAUAGUGAGCUUCCUGGCAGCCGGCAAGCUGGUGCUCCUGAGGGACAUGUGCGCGCUGUCCUUCCAAGACGAGCUGGACUACUGGGGGAUCGACGAGGGCCGCCUGGAGAAGUGCUGCCUGCGCGCGCUCCGGGUCAAACUGGACGAGCUGGCCGAGCUGCGCCGCGAGGAGGCGCUGCACAGACACAGGGAGGCCGGCCGGCCCGCCGCGCACCCCUCCCGCUGGGGGCUCUGCAUGGCCCAUCUGCGCGAGAUGGUGGAGAACCCGCAGUCCGGCCUCCCCGGCAAGGUCUUCGCCUGUCUGUCCAUCCUCUUCGUGGCCACCACGGCGGUCAGCCUCUGCGUCAGCACCAUGCCGGACCUCAGGGCCGAAGAGGACAAGGGCGAAUGCUCGCAGAAGUGCUACUACAUCUUCAUCGUGGAGACGGUCUGCGUGGCCUGGUUCUCCCUGGAGUUCUGCCUGCGGUUCGUGCAAGCACGGGACAAAUGCCAGUUUUUCCAGGGCCCCCUGAACAUCAUCGACAUCCUGGCCAUCUCUCCGUACUACGUGUCGCUGGCGGUGUCCAGCGAGCGGGUAGAGGAGGGCGGACCCCCGACUGGCGGCGGCUCAUAUCUGGAGAAGGUGGGGCUGGCGCUGCGGGUGCUGAGGGCGCUGCGCAUCCUCUAUGUGAUGCGCCUGGCGCGCCACUCGCUGGGGCUGCAGACCCUGGGCCUGACCGUGCGCCGCUGCACGCGCGAGUUCGGGCUGCUGCUCCUCUUCCUCUGCGUGGCCGUCACGCUCUUCUCCCCGCUAGUCUACGUGGCCGAGAACGAGUCCGGCUGCGUCCUGGAGUUCACCAGCAUCCCCGCCGCCUACUGGUGGGCUGUCAUCUCCAUGACCACGGUGGGCUACGGUGACAUGGUCCCGCGCAGCGUGCCUGGCCAGAUGGUGGCGCUGAGCAGCAUCCUGAGCGGCAUCCUCAUCAUGGCCUUCCCUGCCACGUCCAUCUUCCACACCUUCUCGCACUCCUACCUGGAGCUCAAGAAGGAGCAGGAGCAACUCCAGGCGCGCCUCCGCCGCCUGCAGAACACCGCCUCCGUCAGCGAACAUGAACUGCUGGGUGGUGACAGCGACCUGGGCCUGGAGGAGCCCCUCUCGCCCAGCACACACACUUAACUUGAAA